AUGAAGGCUCGCCUUUCCUUAAUACUAAUUUUAUGUGCCGUGUGCAGGGAAUGUACAGUGCGAUGCACGGAUACUGCUAUAAAUCAAGGACAGGAUGCAGUACAACAACCAGAAGAGAGCUUAAGUCAGGAUGCAUCUGAUAACUCUCUACCGGGCCAACCGGUAGCCUCACCAAAUGGAGCGGACCAAGCAGAAGUUUCCCAACUCCAAGAAGGUGCUGUGGAAAGUUCUAGCAAUUCUGCUGAUGCUUCUAACCCUAAUGCAAAUGCAGAUGUGACAGACGUUGAAGGAGAAAAGGCGGCAACUCCCUCCGAAGGCAGCAAAGAGGGGAUGCAAGUAAAAUCAUCACUUCUGAAAGGAUACAAGGGAGUGAAAGUGACAGGGCCAUGUAGCGCAAGCUUUCUAGUUUUCUUCGCCCCGUAUCUGUUUAUCGAUGUGGACGCGGACAGUAGUAACAUUUACCUGGGAACUGACUUGAACGACCUAGAAAUCACAGAAAAGAUGGGUAAAGGAAAAGACGAAAAAAAUAAAUGCCAAGAAGGAAAGACAUUCAAAUUUGUUGCGUUCGUUGUAAAUGAUCACUUGACUAUUAAAUGGAAGGUGUACGACUCGGAAGAUCAGACACCAACCCCAAAUAGCAAUGUGGAAAUGAAAAAGUACAAAGUCAAAAACCUAAGUGGUGAAUUUACCUCUGUGCAAGUACACAGCACGAUCCAACAAAACGGCUCCAACGUGUUCGAAAGUAAAAACUAUGCCUUAAGUAACGACAUGCCUGAAAAAUGUGAUGCCAUAGCUGCCAACUGCUUCCUCAGUGGAAGCGUGUAUAUAGAAAAGUGUUACAGAUGCACUCUUAAAAUGGAGAAAGUGAAUUCGUCCGAUGUCUGCUACAAUUACAUUCCCAAAGUGGAUACACCUACAAAGGAGGAAGCCCCAAUAUACGACCACUACUUGAAGAACUCCCCCAAUUUGGGAGGCAGCACCUCCAAUAAAAACAUCGCUGAUCAGGAAGGUGCCUCGACAAUAAACGCAGCGGGUGGUGUCCACGAAUCCGUGCUACAGGGACAGGAAGCUGAGGAGAAGGAAGUGAAGGAUGUUGCCGUGAAAGCUGCUCCUGAAGGCAAUCCAGUGGUCACGGAAGAAAAAGCAGAUGGACAAGUUUCUACAGAAGUUCCUUCUUUACCGGAGGCGAAAGUAACCGAAGUCCAAAGCGCGGGUACAACGGGAGGUGAACAGCCAGUACCAGCAGUACCGGAAGGACAAGCGGGAGCACCGAGCACGACGGGACCAGAUAGCACAAGUGGCACUUCACCCCAACCACCCGUGGUAAGCACCCAACUAUCACAUGUCCUAAAGUACAUUAAAAAGAAUAAGGUAAAAAUGAACCUGAUUACUUACAAAAAUAAUGAAGCUGUCAGCAGUGGACACGACUGCUCGAGAUCCUACUCGGUGAAUCCAGACAAGUACGAAGAGUGCGUGAAGAUAUGCGAAGCCAACUGGAGCAAAUGUGAAAAUGAUGCAGUGCCAGGAUUCUGUUUAUACCAAUAUGCAAAAGAAAAUGAGUGUUUCUUCUGCUAUGUAUAA